AUGCAUGGAGAUUUCAAGCUUCUUGAGAAAGCCUGCUCUGUAUUGGCAGUUCGCCAACUCCUCACUAUCCCCGAUAAUGCCGAUGUUUCCCUCGAACGCUAUUCGGAUAGCGCUGCUUCAUAUAUCGUCCUCAAUAGCGAGAAUCCCUCGGUCUACAAACAGCUGUAUCGUGCUGCCAAGGCGAAGUUGAAACUUCGAAUCAAGGCUACGUUGCUCCCCAGACAUGACAGCCUAUGGUCAUCCUCGCCUGUCCCGGAGAACACAGAUAGCCAGCAAGAACAGUCCCAGCAGCGAUGUAGCUACCUCGACACCGUCCUUCGUGCUCCCGUGAGCGACUUCAUCAACCAGGCGGAUUACCCUCAACCUGUGGCACCUGCUCCCCCAACACUGAAUGCCUCUAUGUUCCCCAGUGUUCCAGAGCGUAACCCCAUCGAAGGAACCAAUAACAACACAAACGAAGAAAUUUUACCUACUCGGGCUGAACACCAGCAGGAGAUGCAGCAUGUUCGAUCAAAUCCUGUGUCAUCCGCGGGAUUCAUGUCGAGUGCCACUCUAAAUCUCCCGCAGAUCCCAUCCGUUCAACUCCCACCAAUGUACAUCGACUGCAACCACUGCAACAACUCUGUCACUGAUGUUUACCUUCACUGCAGUAUCUGUGAUGAUGGAGAUUAUGACCUAUGUCAACAGUGUAUAAAUGCCGGUGUUUCAUGCCCUGGUGAAGGCCACUGGCUUAUCAAACGUACCAUCAAUGGUGGAAGAAUCACAAAUAGCAUCACUGAAACUAUUCCCUCUAGGAAGAGCGCUGAGCAAGAACCUCAAGGGAAGCCCACCCCUGAGGAAGAGACAAAGUUCAUAGAGCGUACUUGCAAUGCCUGCUUCAGAGACUUCAAUGAGAAGGAACUUGUUAGCUGCCAGGAUUGUCCAGACUAUGACUUGUGCUUCACCUGUCUACUUGAAGAUAGACACGGCCACCAUCCUGGACAUUCUUUCUCGCUAAUCGUGGACGGCGAGUUCCAGUCCAAGAGCCUUGUUAUGUCGACUUGCCAGCCUGGACGUGGUCGUUAUCACGCUGCAAUCUGUGACGGAUGCAACAAGUCAAUCAAGGGCGUCCGUCAUAAAUGUCUCAGUUGUCCAGAUUGGGACUAUUGCUCGGUCUGUGUCCAGAGCGCCUCGGAAUUCCAUCCUGGCCACCGCUUUGCUCCGCUUUAUAGUCCAAUACCGGAGCCACACGGUUACCAGCAGACUCAUUAUGGAAUUAUUUGUGAUGGCCCGCUUUGCUCUGUGCCGGCGAGGCUCUCCUAUAUCAGAGGAGUUCGCUACAAGUGUGCUGUGUGCCAUGAUAUUGAUUUCUGCGCUUCCUGUGAAGCCCAUCCUGACAACACCCAUAACCGCACGCAUCCGCUGAUCAAGUUCAAAACUCCUGUUCGCAACGCAACGAUCACCACCUUCACUGACAACACACGUCGUGGAGACGCUGUGACCACUCUUGGCGAUCGCCCAGCCACUAAGUCGACCUCAAUGGAGACUGUUGGACCCGUUAAUUCAAACGCUGCUACGCUGGUUCAAACCGAGAAAUCUGAACCAAAGACCGUUGGUGAGGCGGAUUCCACUGCUGUGCAGCCAAGUGAGCUGGAGAAAACUAGAACAAUUGGGACUGAAUCGAGCAUUCCGCUUUCCAGCCUUCACGCCCAUUACAUUCGGGACACCAUUCCUGAUGGCUCAACAGUUCGCCCCAGCGAGACCAUUACUCAAACUUGGACCCUUUACAACCCAGGACCCGCCAUUUGGCCGAAGGGAUGCAGCGUCCGCUUCGUCGGUGGUGACAGCAUGUUCAACAUUGACACUAACCAUCCGUCCAGUCUUAGCAAGUUGCUCUCCGCAAUGGAAACCCAGGAGCUCACAGCCCCUGUUCCUCCGACCGGCAGUGCUGACUUCACUAUCACCCUGAAGAGUCCUCAGCGUGAGGGUAGAGCGAUUUCAUACUGGCGCCUCAAGACAGCUGACGGGAUAGCCUUUGGCCACAAGCUCUGGUGUGACAUCGACGUGCGAGCUUCCACCGAAGAUUCUCCCAGACAGGAAAGAAGUGAUAGCAAACAGCCUUCUGUCGAAACCGAAGCACCAAGCGUGGCAUCACACACCAACCAAGCUACAUAUGCUGAGCCUCCUGUGGACAAAUCCCAGCCGGGGAGUGCGAUGAUCUUCCCCAAGCUUGAAACAGAGUCACCAGCCACGAGCAGCACCUAUAAAUCUGCCUCAACGACCUUGGAGCCACCCCUCAAUGGGCCUGCUGAAGCCCAAGACAUUACAGAUAUUGCAGAUGAUGUUGAGAACCUUACUCUUGACGAGUCCUCACUCGAUGACGAUUUCCUGACCGAUGAGGAAUACGAUGUACUUGAUGCCAGCGAUCAGGAAUUUUCUUCCCAACCAUCUCAGACGGGCGGAAGGAAAUGA